UAUGGACUCAUCAGCUACAACAAGACGUCUUCAACAUCUUUCAAGACAUUUCAAAGCUUCCAAUAUAACUACUCCUCCUGUUCGUGUUACUGUUACAGGUGCUGCUGGAAAUAUUGGAUAUGCAUUAGUUCAUAUGAUUGGAUAAGGUAGACUUCUUGGACCAAAUCAAUAAAUCAUUUUAACUCUUUUAGAAUUACCAAUGGCCAAGGAUUAAUUGGAAGGCACAAUGAUGGAACUCAGAGAUUGUGCUUUUCCACUCUUGAAGGAAAUUAAAGGAACAACUCAAUAUGAUUAAGGAUUUAUGGGUUGUGACAUAGCUAUAUUGGUUGGUGCUAAACCAAGAGGACCUGGCAUGGAAAGAAAGGAUUUAUUAGCUGCUAAUGCUCGUAUCUUUAAAGAGUAAGGAGAAGCAUUAGAAAAGUAUGCCAGCAGAAAUGUUAAGGUUUUGGUUGUAGGAAAUCCUGCCAAUACAAAUGCUUUAAUCACAGCACAUUUUGCACCAAGCAUACCAAAAUCUAAUUUUACAGCACUUACUCGUCUAGAUUAAAAUAGAGCCUAAUCCAUAGUUGCCUAAAGAGUUAGUGCAAAUGUUGAAGAUGUUAGAAAUAUUAUUAUUUGGGGAAAUCAUAGUACUACUCAAUUUGCUGAUGUUAGUCAAGCAACUGUUUAAUAAAAUGGAAUUUCAUAUACGUAUUAAUUUAUAUUUAAUAAGUGUUCGAGGAUUAGUGGCUGAUGAUGCUUGGCUUUAAAAAGCAUUUGUUGAAUAGGUGGCAAAGAGAGGUGGAGCUAUUAUUGAAAAGAGAAAGGCUUCAUCUGCUGCUUCUGCUGCUAGUGCUGUUUGUGAUCAUAUUCAUGAUUGGUUAAUUGGAACUGAUAAUGGGUAUUUAAAUAAAAUUUAUAUUAUUAGAACAUUUGUGUCCAUGGGAGUAAUUACAGAUGGAAAACUAUAUGGAAUCAAAGAAUAAGUUUGUUUUUCAUUCCCAUGCAUUUGCAAAGAUGGAAACAUCAAAGUAGUUGAAGGUUUGAAAUGGGAUCAAUUCUAAUAGUCUAUGAUUGACAAAACAUUGAAAGAGUUGUUAGAGGAAAAAGAAAUGGCUUUAUCUGUUGUUGUCAAUAAAUGAAU